AUGGCAAACACACACCCAGAUACCCUCAGGGCCCACUGGAAAUGCCUUGCGGCAUGCACCUUGGUCAGCAUGUGCCCGUUUCAAUAUGGGAUUGAUUUCGGCAUCGUUGGCGGUCUUCAAGCAAUGGUCGGAUUCUUGAAGGUCUUUGGACAUGUGGCCCCUGAAUCCCCAAUUGGCUAUAAUAUUUCCCACACCCGACAGCAACUCAUUUCGUCGUUGAUGAUCUUAGGUGCCUUCCUCAGCUCGGCCUGUGGAGGACCUAUCGCCAAACUCAUCGGGCGAAAAAUGUCUAUCUGGACCGCAAUCGUCCUCUGCGUGGUCGCCAAUGUCAUUAUGAUGGUCACCACCAGCAUUGGUGCUUUAUACUUUGCUCGUCUCUUGCUGGGCCUUGCAAAUGGCCUCUUCCUCACCUUUGCCCAGCUAUACCUCCAGGAAUGCGCCCCUGCAAGAUACCGAGGGCUUGUGAUCGGAUUAUUCCAGUCCUGGACCUCCAUCGGGACCCUCGUAGGCACCAUUGUCGACAACUUCACGGUCAAACUGCCUGGCAGACAGGCCUACAUUGUCCCACUCGGCAUCAUAUACAUUGUGCCAGGAAUACUCGGCCUCGGUCUGUUCUUCAUUCCGGAAUCUCCAAGGUGGUAUCUCCUCCAAGGCAAGACCGAAGAAGCACGCAAGGCACUUCAUUGGCUCCGCCCCUACCCCGAAGUCAUUGAAGAAGAGAUUGAGCAGAUUCAGUCUGCUAUCGAGGCGGAGCGGGCUCUGGCAAGCAGCGCAGAUGCUCUUGACAUGUUUCGCAAUCCGGUGGACCGGCGUCGAACUUUGCUUGCCGUUGGAGCAGUGUCUCUCCAAGCUGCCUCUGGCGCCAUGUACAUGAUAUCCUACGGCACCUACUUUUUCGAAAUGGCCAAGGUCGGCUCUGCGUUUGAGAACGCUUGUAUUCUGGUGGCUGUGGGCGUGGCAGCAAUUCUCAUCAACAGCGCCAUCAUUACCAAGUACGGUCGCAGACGCGUCUUCCUCUCCGUCGGUAUGAUCCUUUGCGGGAUCACGCAACUGAUCAUCGCCAUCGUCUACGAUACGAAGGGCCCGGGCACAUCAACGGGCAAGGUCGUCGUCGGUGUUUCUGUCGUCUAUAUCGUUGGCUACAACGGAAUGGUUGCGACCUACGCCUGGCUUUGUGGUGGCGAGUUCCCUUCCCAACGUCUGCGAAGCUAUACUUUCGGACUGGCGUCAGCAAUCGGCUUCCUUGGUGCAUGGCUUGCAACAUUCACAGCCCCUUACUUUAUCAACGUGGAUUCUCUGAAUUGGGGACCCAAGUAUGGCUACAUCUGGACACCCAGCUGCUUGCUGGGCGCGCUCUGGGUCUACUUCUUCCUUCCAGAGGUGCAGAACCGCACCUUUGAGGAGAUUGACGAAAUGUUCGAAGCUCGUCUCCCUGCACGCAAGUUUCGCAAGUACAGGUGUGUCGGAUCGGUUGCGGCAGUUGCAGCAGCAGCACAGGAGGAGAAGAAGGCGAGUGACAAGGAGGACCAUCACCCUCGAGUCAGUCAUGAUGAAGUGGUCUGGUCGAAUGAGAAGGCGGCCGCCGAGACAGCCGUGGCCAUCGGUUGA